AUGAAUGAUGGACCAAGUUUUAAAAUCAAAUUCCGAAAAAAGAAUAACAAAAAUAUAAAAAAAAAAUCUUUGAGGAUUAAAAAAAAUAUAAGGAAUAAUCCUAAUCCCAAUUUCGGCGUUUUUGCAUCUAAAUGUUUACCUGAUAAAAUACCUGAUCCACCGAAGGAUCUUUUGAUUUUUUUAAAUCAGUUAAUUCUAAAAAAUGAGGAUUCAUCAUGUUCACAAAAAGUUGGAUACGGUACAAACGUUUUAUCCAAUAUUUCUAAAACAAUCAGAAUACCAGAAAAUGAAACUCCGAUUUCCACGCCAACAAACAUAAAUGUUUGUAAGAAGACUGUUCUUAAUGGAUUUAUGGCUUGCAGAGCUUAUUACUCGAAAUUUAUUAAAGGAAGGGAGGCCCAAAAAACCGUUACAAAAAUUAUUUCUGAUUAUUGGGGUAAUAAUCCAAAUAUACAUCUCACUUGGGAAACUUUUGUUGAUAUAUAUAAGAAGGAAAACUCUGGUAUAGAUUUCUGCUGUUGGCUGAACAAAAAGUAUACCAAAAACAAUGGUAAUCUUCUAAUUGUUGAAAACCCUGAAAAUAGGGAAAAUUACAAUAAUAUAAAAAAACCAUCGUCAAUUUAUUUAGAAAAUACUUUUUUUGAAGGUUUAAAAAUUAAUUUAAACUCAUGCGAAAUGAAUACUACAGAUAAUGUACUGUCAUCGUUAGAUAUGACGUAUGGUUCAGACGCUCUAACUGACACAAGGUUAUUGACUUUCUAUGAUUCCGAUAUUAAUGACACUUUUUUUUCAAAAUUCGUAAAAUCUGCAAAUUAUUACAAUCUUAAGAAACGCGAUAUCCUGGACGAUCAAUACAGUAAUGGUGCAGGCAAUGAAACAAAUUUUCAACAGAAAUAG